AUGGAGGAAUAUGACUUCAAUGUUAAACAGCUGCAACCGAAUGUUAUAUCGGUACGCCUCUACAAGCGAAAGGUUGGCGGCCUUGGGUUCCUCGUCAAGCAAAGACGGAGCAAGCCCCCUGUGAUCAUUUCUGAUUUAAUUCGGGGUGGGGCAGCGGAGCAAAGUGGGCUGGUGCAGGUAGGCGACAUAAUAUUAGCAGUAAAUGACAGACCACUUAUAGAUGCCAGCUAUGAAACUGCCCUGGAAAUAUUGCGCUGUAUUUCCUCAGAGACAUUUGUCAUACUCAUCCUCAGAGGUCCUGAGGGCUUCACAACUCACUUGGAGACCACCUUUACUGGAGAUGGAACAGCAAAGACCAUUAGAGUCACUAGACCUUUGUGCACCAAGUCCAAGUCAAACGAUCUGUCCAGUCAGAGCCUGUGUAGCAAAGAACAGCAAAACAUGGUGGACAGUGCCACAUGCUCAGCUGGCUCUUCUUGGCAGGAAGUCCACCAGCUUCUUCACUUAAACGGGCUUGAUGGAGUCAAAGGAGAUGACAUCAGCAUAAGUCCUUGCCUUAAUGGGGGCACAGAAAGCAAUGACAUCCUGAAAGAGAUUGAACCUGUAGUGAAUCUGUUACAGAAGGCACGGAAGGCGCUAAACAGAGAUUGUGAAGUGGAAAAGAGGGAUGCAGAAGUUCAAGUAGAAAGGAGCCUGGACAGAGAGUCACAUCAAACUCUCCCAGGCUCAGCGGGGAACAACCCAGUCUUAAAUGAUGUAUGGAGGAAUAACAACAACAUGCCCGUGGUGCUAAACAAUCCAUACCUGGAAUGUGAUCAGGUUUCAGCCUCGGGUAGACAGUCCCCUGCAAAGAACCAGGUGAAUGGAAGUCCUUCCAAGUGUCCUCGUUAUCUCAAAGUGAAGAACUGGGACACAAGCGCCAUACUACAUGACACAUUGCACGUGAAGGCUUCGAUGCCUACAUCUUGUACCCCACAAUUGUGUAUGGGCUCUAUCAUGACCCCACCUCAGUAUGUCCGUAAGCCAGAUGAAAUUCGCACUAAAGAGCAGCUUCUUCCACUUUCCAAGGAAUUUAUUGACCAAUAUUAUACUUCAAUUAAAAGAUUUGGCUCAAAGGCUCACUUGGACAGACUAGAAGAAGUAAGAAGGGAGAUUGAAAACAACGACACCUACCAGCUACGAGACACUGAGCUCAUAUAUGGAGCGAAACAUGCAUGGCGUAAUGCAGCCCGCUGUGUGGGAAGAAUUCAGUGGUCUAAACUGCAGGUCUUUGAUGCUCGAGACUGCACCACUGCCCAUGGAAUGUACAAUUAUAUCUGCAACCACAUCAAAUAUGCCACCAACAAAGGCAACCUCAGAUCAGCAAUCACUAUCUUCCCUCAAAGGACCGAUGGAAAACAUGAUUUCAGGGUCUGGAAUACUCAGCUCAUUCGUUACGCAGGAUACAAACAACCGGAUGGCUCUGUGCUGGGUGACCCUGCUAAUGUAGAACUGACUGAGAUCUGUAUUCAGCAAGGCUGGAAAGCUCCACGAGGACGUUUUGAUAUCCUUCCUCUUGUACUCCAGGCGGAAGGCAAUGACCCUGAGCUUUUUGAGAUCCCCCCAGAAAUGAUCAUGGAAGUCCAGAUACGGCACCCAAAGUUUGAAUGGUUUAAGGAACUGGACCUGAAAUGGUAUGGAUUGCCAGCUGUAUCCAGCUUACUGCUAGAGAUUGGAGGAUUGGAGUUCACUGCAUGUCCUUUCAGUGGGUGGUACAUGGGCACAGAAAUUGGAGUCCGAGAUUACUGUGACAAUUCCCGCUAUAACAUACUGGAGGAAGUCGCCAAGAAAAUGAACUUGGACACAAGAAAAAUGUCUUCAUUAUGGAAGGACCAAGCAUUGGUGGAAAUUAAUAUUGCAGUUCUGUACAGUUUUCAGAGUGAUAAAAUAACGAUUGUAGACCAUCACUCAGCUACAGAGUCAUUCAUUAAACACAUGGAGAAUGAAUACCGAUGUCGUGGCGGCUGCCCAGCUGAUUGGGUUUGGAUUGUACCUCCAAUGUCUGGAAGUAUUACCCCUGUAUUUCACCAGGAAAUGCUCAACUAUCGCCUCUCACCAUCCUUUGAAUAUCAGCCUGAUCCCUGGAACACUCAUAUAUGGAAAGGAGUGAAUGGGACCCCAACUAAAAAGAGAGCAAUUGGAUUCAAGAAGCUGGCCAAGGCAGUUAAAUUUUCAGCAAAAUUAAUGGGACAAGCAAUGGCCAAAAGAGUAAAAGCUACAAUCCUCUAUGCGACAGAGACAGGAAAGUCUGAAGUCUAUGCAAAAACAUUAUGUGAAAUCUUCAAGCAUGCCUUUGAUGCAAAGGUGACGUCAUUGGAUGAAUAUGAUAUUGUACAUCUAGAACAUGAAACCCUGGUUUUAGUGGUUACCAGCACCUUUGGAAAUGGAGACCCCCCAGAAAAUGGAGAGAAGUUCGGAUGUGCUCUCAUGGAUAUGAGGCAUCCUAAUUCUAAUUUGGAGGAGAGAGCGAGUUACAAAGUCCGGUUUAACAGUGUUUCUUCUAUUGCUGAUGCCCGGAAGUCAUCAGGUGAUGAGACUAGACCCACUGGUGACAAUUUUGGAAGUGCGGGCCCUUUAGCUAAUGUUCGAUUCUCAGUCUUUGGACUUGGAUCUAGAGCUUAUCCUCACUUCUGUGCCUUUGCCCGGGCUGCAGAUACUUUGCUGGAGGAGAUGGGAGGAGAGAGAAUUCUGAAAAUGGGGGAGGGCGAUGAACUGUGUGGACAAGAGGAAUCUUUUAGAACUUGGGCCAAAAAAGUGUUUAAGGCUGCAUGCGAUGUAUUUUGUGUAGGGGAUGAUGUUAAUAUUGAGAAGGCAAACAAUUCCCUUAUUAGUAAUGACCGCAGCUGGAAGAGGAGCAAGUACCGCAUCAGCUUUGUGGCUGAGGCUCCUGAACUCACACAAGCUCUUUACAGUGUUCACAGAAAGAAAGUGUAUGGAGCCCGGCUGUUAUGUCGACAGAACCUUCAAAGUGCAAAAUCGGGCCGAUUCACUAUUUUCCUUCGGCUUCACACCAAUGGACACCAAGAGCUGAGUUACAAACCAGGAGACCACUUAGGGGUUUUUGCCGGCAACCAUGAUGACCUUGUCAAUGCCUUGAUUGAAAGACUGGAAGAUGCUCCACCUGUCAACCAGCUGGUUAGAGUGGAGAUUUUGGAGGAAAGAAAUACUGCUUUAGGCGUAAUCAGUAACUGGACUGAAGAAGAGAGAAUCCCACCAUGUACCAUCUUCCAGGCCCUCAAGUAUUUCUUGGAUAUCACAACUCCACCCACACCACUUCUGGUGCAACAAAUUGCAUGUCUGGCCACUAAUGAAAAAGAGAAAAAUCGUCUGGAGAUUUUAAGCAAGGGCUUACAAGAAUACGAGCAGUGGAAGUGGUACAAGAACCCUACUCUUGUUGAGGUGCUAGAGGAGUUUCCCUCGGUUCAGAUGCCAUCAUCUCUGCUGCUUACACAGCUACCCCUGCUACAACCUCGUUACUACUCCAUCAGCUCCUCUCCUGAUAUGCAUCCUGAUGAGGUUCACCUCACUGUUGCAGUUGUGUCCUAUCGUACAAGAGAUGGCGAUGGCCCUAUACAUCAUGGUGUUUGCUCCUCUUGGCUAAACAGAAUACAACCUGACGAAGUGGUUCCAUGCUUUGUAAGAGGAGCUCAAAGUUUCCAUAUGCCACAAGAAACCAAUGUGCCAUGCAUCCUUAUUGGUCCAGGGACAGGCAUAGCCCCUUUUAGGAGCUUCUGGCAACAACGUCUCUUUGAUAUGCAGCAUAAAGGAUUGAAACCUUGUCCAAUGAUACUUGUCUUUGGGUGCCGGGAAUCUAAAAUUGAUCACAUCUACAAAGAGGAGGCUAUGCUUGCCAAAAACAAAGGGGUGUUUAAAGAACUGUACACAGCUUAUUCCCGGGAACCAAAUACACCAAAGAAAUAUGUACAGGACAUCCUACGUGAACAGCUGUCGGAUGUAACAAUGAAAGCACUGAAGGAGCAGGGAGGACACAUAUAUGUGUGUGGUGAUGUCACUAUGGCUGGUGAUGUUCUCAAGAGUCUCCACUACAUUGUAAAGCAGAGUGGCAAUAUGACCACCGAAGAGGCCGGAGCCUUCAUCAGCAAACUGAGGGAUGACAAUAGAUACCAUGAAGAUAUUUUUGGAGUAACGCUGCGGACUUACGAAGUUACAAAUCGCCUCAGAUCUGAAUCUAUUGCAUUUAUUGAAGAAAGCAAUAAAAACUCAGAUGAGGUUUUCCGCUCAUAACUGGAAUGUUUAAUUGUCCACGGAUGACAACCUGACCACGCAAGAAGCACCCCACACCCCAUGAACAUGGCCAUGGCAUAUCACACCUGCAUGUACACUGUUUGUGGAGACAUACAUAAACUGUGUGUACUGCAUGUAUGACACAAGACAACUCCUCCACACCUGUAUGGCAAUGUGGAGAGUUAUGUAUACCGAUUUGCUUUAUCUUCUCAUAUAAAGCCUCCCUUACAAGAUGGAUUUUGUAACAUCAGAGGCAAAUGUUAAUCUUUUUUUAUUGGACUGAGCACCGAUCUGCCUGCUUUCCUGUGCUGUCUUUGUCCUGUGCUCAUAACAAUAUAUAAAUAUGUGUAAGAGGGACAUAUAUAUAUUGAUAUUUAUUCCAUUGUAAUUAUGGGAUUUCAGUUGUUUUUAGAUAUAAACUCACUGCCAUGGUUUUGCUUGAAAUUUAUCAGCGGCAUAAUGAGAUGCAAAAAAAAAAAAAGCAAAAACAAAAGGAAACACACUAUUCUCUGGUGCAUGAAUCUUGUCAUUUUACUCAGGCCUUGCUUUGCUUUCUUUGGACUGAAAUGUGCCCAUUUAUUCAAUGAGAUCUAAUAGUUACCUUUUAUGCAAGGAGAUAGGAUGUCUAUGGCUCUUUAAUCCGCAUUGCUUUCUCUUAGGCACCCACAAUUAAUUACAUGUGCCA